GUCCGAAGUAACAACAUUCGGUACACUUGCUAUGUUUUUUAACCUUAAGAGGUGUCAGUUACAAUUCUAAGAUUCAGGUUCCUUGAAAUUCUAUGUAUAUUGGGCAAGGUUUAUGCGAAAUUGUUGAUGGAACUGAUCAAUUUAUUGCAUGUCAAAUUGAAUUUCAUAAAUUUAUACGGUAGUUGAUAGUUCUGGUCAGUGGUUGUUCAAAUUUUGGAUUUUAUUGCAGUAAAAUCCCUUCUAUUUAUUGAUUCGUUGGGCCAUUUGUAGUUGCAAUUCUCUGACUACACUCUGCUGCUUCUUCGAUACAUUGUUGUGGUUUUUGGGUGUUGGUGCAUACUCUGAUAUGCAUAGACAGUUAUGCAGUUGCAGAUUUGGACAUUCCGGGAUGUCCUGUGUGGCAGAUAGAUUACUGUACCAUUCUUAUUUUCUAUUUUAUAGUAAAAUUGUGUGGCCUCUGACUCUAUGUUCAUUUCACUUUUUGGACUUGUUAUUCCGAAUGCAUUGAACUCUCUUUCUUGGGAUAUUAGGCAGCUUCUCUAUAAAGUUCCCUAAUGAGUCUCUUAAUGAUUUCACCCUUCAUCUGCCGCCCUGUGUUCUUUUUUCUGACUAGAGAAGAAGGAACCUAGCAAGACAAGGAAAGGUGGGAAUUUAGCACCAAAACAAGGAUAAAAGGUAUGAUUUCCUUUCUGUUUUUUCCUAUGUUUGUGUUGUAUGUAAUAUUCUGUGUUAAAUGGAAAGAAAAUGGGCCUUAUUUGGCCUGUUUGUGGUUGUUUAUGUUUUAGGGGAAGAGAAUGAACACCGAGAUGCUUGAGAAUGUUAGUUGUCAUGCCCUUCAGAUUAUCACACUCUGAGAUUCACUCUAUACCACCAAAAAUUGACAAUUCACUUUGAAUUGUUCAAUUCCUAUACACUCUCUUGAAAUUACUUAAUGUCAUAGUACUUCUUUCUCCAGUAAUUUUGCAAGCUUUUAGUUUUAUUACUCCUUCGUUAUCAAAUAGAUGAUCCAAUGUAUAUAUCAUAUUUAUACGCGAAGCGAGGCGAGCGGGGUAUGACUAGUUAUAAUUAAAAGGUAAUGAUGCACUUACUUCAUUUUUAUAGAAAAGAAGGGUUUGUAUGUUUUGAGAUUUGAGACGUUAUCUUCAGUUUCUUGUUGUCUUUUCACUCUUUUGCAUGUUUUGAGAUUUGAGAAGUUAUCUUAAGUGUCUUGUUGUCUUUAGUACAUUCAAAUUGUUGAAGUUAAACCCAAUCCUACUUAAUCAUGUCAGCAAAAAUAAAAAAGUUAAAGUGACGAUAUUUCACUUGCAUUUUCACUUUUUGUAUUUCAUACGAUGAAAAAAUGUAUUUUUUUUAUCAAGCGCGGUGUGUGACCAUGGCACACAGUGACACACAAGUUUAUAUGAAGUGUUUUUUGUGUGAGUUCUAAACUUGUUAGUUGAAUUAUCUUUGCACCGUUAUAGGCGUUUGUUUGUCUUAAUAUUCCUAGUGCACAUUUCGACAUGGAAUCUUUGAAAUGCAUUGGUGCAUACCAUUGAUUGUGAAGUCUUCGUUGAUUUUAAAUAAAGGAAGAACUCUUAAGAAUGAGAUCAUCCGAUGACGCCUCUACAAUGAUGGCAUCAUUUGUCAAGGCUUAACAAGCUCUCGUGUCAUGAGAGACUUAUGUAGUCAUGCAUCAAAUUUUAUAAAACCAUCUCCAUUGCUAAAGUUUAGCAAUUGAGGUAGAGGGUGAGGUGGCACUUGUGUGUAGGCCUGUCUAUUCGGUUUCGGGUUUUCGGUUUAACCCGAACCCGAACCAAUAUAAACAGACUCGGUUUCGGUUUUUUCGGGUUCAACCCGAGUAACACACAGCAGCGGUUUCGGUUUACCAAAACCCGCAAAACCGAAAACCCGCAAACCCGAUAGCAUAUUAGCAUCGCACGCUGUCGUUUUGGCUUUUGAUAGCAAGAGCAACCCUCGGCCCUCGCUUCAGCCCUAGCCUUCAGCCAUUCCGUCGCCGUCUCUUCGAUUUUGGAAAACGAAACAGAGGACAGAGCCUCCUCCUCGGCCCUCGCUUCAGCCCUUCACCUCGUGCCGUCGCCGCCAUCAUCGUCCUCGCCGCGCCGCCAUCAUCGUCCUCGCCGCGCCGCCAUCAUCGUUCACCACCAUCAAGACGAAAACCAAUUUCAGAAACAGGGGGAUUGCGACAAUGGAAUCCCAGGGAAGUGAGGCACCAUCGGUGUCUCGUCCUAGACGUGGAGGACGCUCUAAGAGUACCAGCAUUCCUGCUCCUGCACCGUCUUCUGCACCGUCUUCCGAUCCUGCUCCUGCACCGUCUACCAGUACCACCAAUGUACCUCCUGCUCAAACAAUAGACGAGGAGACAAUUUCAAGAAAAAGACUAUGUCGACAACAAUUCCGAUGAGAAUGAUGAGACUUAUGUAGAUGUAGAGUCUGAUGAGGAGUGAUAAUGGUAAUAGUAUUUAUCUUGUAUGGUGGAUGAAUUUUUAUUUUACUUGGAUGUUAUCAUUUGAGAAUUGUAAAACUAAUGUGUUUAAUUACGAGUUGAACUUGGUCCCCCAUAAACAAAAUGAGGUAAGCAACUCAUGUGAAACAAUUCAUAAAACGGUAGAUUUUGCACACAAUCAUCUCAAAAAAUUUAAAAAAAACCCCAAACAAUCUCAAAAUAAAUAAAAACUUAACCCCUCAAUCGUCACCUUUCCUUCUCUAACUUCUUAAUUAUGAAUUUUUAAAUCAAACUCGUCUCAUCUAAAUGAAAUUAUAAUCAAGGAUUGAAAAACGGUAUCUUUUUUGGAUGAUAGCAUGACACAGAUUUUUUAUUUUGCACUUAAAUUCUGUUUUGAUGAUUAACCAUAAUCAAAGCUCCCAAAAUAGGAAAUUGAUUAGUCGAAUUUACUUACUAAACUGUCCCUCCCAAUUUAUUUUUCCCCUAGUCUCCUAGUCAACUAAUUACCAUGAUCAUCGACGAGUUUGACUAAAUUUAAAUUACCAAACCCAUUACCGACAAAAGUUUCCAUUUCCUCUCCCUUUAAUUCUUCUUCCUUGCCAUAUUUUGCCCAUUCUCUAUAGUUAUAGAAUACAUAAAAUUAAAUAUUUUAAUAAUUAACUAAUAAGAAUAAAAUUGUUUGUACAAACAAAAGAAUGUACAAAUAAUAAUAAUUUUUUAAUAAUUAACUAAUAAGAAUAAAAUAGUAUGUUUUAUGUUUAAGAAUGUACAAAUAAUAAGAAUAAAAGUGUUUGUAUAAACAAAAGAAUAUAAAAUUCAAAGUACAGAAAUAGUAUAUAAAAAAACCGGUUCGGUUUCGAGUUCACCCGAACCGAAACCGCCAGCAAUUUUUUCGGGUUUCUGAACCCGCAACCCGCAGAACACAAGAUUCGGUUUCAGUUUCGGGUUUGAGGGAGGCGGGUUCGGGUUUCGGUUUUUUGCGGUUUUCGGGUUCGGUUACCCGAACCGAACCGACAGCCCUACUUGUGUGGCAAUUGCUAGGGAUGGAGGGGUUCUUUCUAAACUGGCAAGCUUGCGACCAUCUCCAUUCCUGAAAUAGGUUAGCCAUUUCAUAAAUGGACCCCACAACCACAUCACCAACUUUAGCAAUUAUUCAAUUCAACCAUUUCAAACCACCUACAUCCCUACAAUAGGUUAGCAAUUGCAAUUGAUGGGACCUACUACAUAUUUUUUUUUUUCUUAACAAUACUUUUGCAUAAUAGAUAAUUGACUUUUGAAAAUUCAAUGAACACAAAUACAUAGCAUACACCAAAUAUAAAUUAAGAGAAAAUGCAUACAGAAAUACAAAAAAAGCAAAACGAAAUUAAGUUCUUGAAUAAUUGUUGUGGGUGUGUAUUUUGCAUAAAUUUCAUUGCUUUCUUGAUGUAAUAUGAAUGGUGUGUACUUUUAGUGUGAUUUCUUUCUAGUUUUGUGCAUGGAUCUUUAAUGAUUAAGUAUACAUCUUUGUAAUAAUUGUCAAAAAAAUCUUUGUAUUGAGUUUUUAUGUUUAAUAUAAUUAAAAUAUAAUAUAUGAUUUUAAUUUAUUAACAACUUAAAAAAAUCAACAAAUCAUAAGUACAAGAAUUAUUAAGUUUAACAAUUUAUGUGUACAAACUGGGUAGAAAAGAAAGAAAGAAAAAAGAAAGAAUUUGAGUGCAUGAAUGUGUGGGUCCAAUUACCUAUGUGAUAUUGCAAGAAGAGAUUGCUUAUUUAGCAAUCUUUCUAAAUAAGAAAGAAGUCUCACAUCCUUGCAAUUGCUUAAAGCUAUUGCAACAUGGGAUUCCACCCAAUAAGCAAUUGCAAUAAGG